UCCGGGCUGACCAAGGCGCCAAGCCCGCCGGGGCCCGCGAUGAGUGCCGCCGAAUCCGAUCGUGGCAGUCCUUAUCUUUCUUUCUUUCUUAUACAUUUACCCCUCACACCUUCUCCUUUUUCGAAUCUCUCUCUCUCCCUUUCAUAUCUCACAUUGAGUCCAUCUCAAUAUCACAUCUACAACUCUCACCCAGUGAUGUAGCACCGCCUCAUCCGCUUAUCAGUCCUUGUUAUCAGUACGAGUAUUCCUACGGCCGUACUACUAUAGUGCCACAACAUCGCAAACACAAAAUGCUCCUCGCACGACUCUCUCUGGCUCUGGCAUUUACCAGCCUAGUCACAGCUGCAGCUAUACCAUCCCAGCCAGGGCUCCAAGAAAUCGGCCUUGCCAAAGAAGCAGAAUCCUUAUCGUCCCGAGACGCGUCAUGGUCCCCGACCAUCCAGUCAGUCUCCAGGAAUGACAAAGACAACCACAACCACCCGAAUAAACGAACCCCUUAUUACUUCCCCGAAACUGUCCCUGACGCUGAUGAAGUCACCGACCGGUCGACCGCGAUGGGAGAAGCAGGCCUCCUCGCCAGCGAGCAUGGCCAAACCUCAAAGUCACCCGAAUCUCCGGAUGCAGUGAUCGACACCCCCCGUGCACGGAUGAUCCCCAUUCGGGAUCUGAUGUCCGAAUUGGACCGUUUGGAAACGACGCAGUCCGUCUGGGAAAUGCUGCCCUCUCUCCUCCCGCCAUUCCGCUUCUUUGUGAUCGCAAGCUCGAUCAUCGCUCUGCUCACUGUCAUCAGGGGCUGUCUGCGUGCUCGACGCUGAAGUCGUUUGCGGGAACAUCGUGCUGGUCUUACACAUUAUGAUGCGGCCCCGCAACAACCACUUCCACUUAUUUUCCUCGGCAGCGCUCUUUUAUGCACUGCGAAAUGGUAAAACCCACUCCUUAUGCCGAGCUAUUUCCUGGAGACUGGAUCCAGCAUGUCCCCACCCACCGCGCUAAACCCUUCGGGUAGCGCCCCCCCCUGGGUCGACUUAAAGCUCCCAGUGAUCACACGUGCAUGGUGCUAUGGCAUGCCACUGGGGAAGAGCGACGCAGGGCUCUCUCAACACGAACAGGGGUUUCUCAGAGCAGCGACAAUUACUCGAAUCGAACUCGGUUCUCAUCCAAAUCGAUCCAUCGACUGUUCUUAUUCGCUCCUGUCCAGGCACUCAGGGUCCCCGAGUCUCACACCUUAGCUCGGGUUCAUGCCAUGGACCCCGUGUUCGCGGUGCACAAUCUGCCAUGGGCGACAACGUGAUCCUGUGAGUUGGGGUCGUGUUUCACUGGUUGGCUGGUCGCCAUGCCUCAACGAGGGGCAUUCGCGGGUCACCUUCAAACUUAAACGAGACCGUGGCUUGAGCUUGGCGUUCCCAUAAACUAUCAUCCUGCCCCAAUUCUGCGCUGCUGAUCGGCUCGUUACUCCCUGGUUGAUUUGGGUUAGUUAUCGGUGAAUGUAUUUUGGUUGUAUAACACGAAGGGAUGAGAGAGAACAUGACAGGAAAAUCAGGAUCAUUCCUUCACAUAACCUCGCAUCAAGUUGGAUUCUUCAAAAGGCAGAAGGUUAAAACCAAACACUUCUCAGUCUAUUGUAUCUAGCGCCAUCUUUACGGAGCUACGGAGCUAGCAGGUUGUACAAUCUAUGAAGAUAAGCA